CCAGGUAUGUUAUCGACUGCGCACAAGAGAUGUGGAAGGAAGUUUAGUAUGAUCAUUGUUACAGUUCGACUACGUAGUCAAGUUUAGUCUUCAUUAGAUCAGUUGUCAACAUGUUGUUGUUGUUGCUUCUCCUACUGGCAUCCACACAGGGUAACAGCCAGGUUCAGCGUGUGUCGGGUCAGAUGAAAAAUGGCUCAUGCGCAUGUGAGGUGAACACCAACAUGUGGUUAUUCCCUGCAAAGAAGUAUGAGGCCGCACUGCAACAAGUUGAAUCUUGCGAGGAUUCACUUCAAAAGCUACAAGAACAGGUGCAUCUGUCAAACCAGCGUCUCCCUGAGUUAUAUGCGGUGCUUGAUAACAUAACUGGACGGUUGGAGCCUUACCAGUACUUGAAUUAUAAGGGCAUCUAUUCUGCCUUAUCGCUGCGUCGGCUGGGUGAAGAACUCGACAAGCUGGAGGGUGAUAUUAAUGCCAUGUCCCUUCAAGUGAACAACGUAGAUUCAACAAAACUCUCAAAAGAGGUCCACAAACUGCGAGAAGAUGUUGGCACGAUGCAUAUGGCAAACUCGAUCAACAUGAAGAGUGUAAAAGAGAGACUCCGCUACCUGAAAAACAGUGUUGAGUCAUGCUUGUCGAUUCCAAAAGAUUUCAGAGGUCAGCAAAGGUAUUGCCUUAAAGGUCUAAUGACCAACGUCAGUGCACCGGUCAUAACAAAAGUCAGUCCAUAUGGUAAAAACAUCAUCUCUGGCUCAUGGGGUCAUCAAGUCCUCACGAACAACGAAGACCAGCAAAAUAUCUUCUGGAUUCAGCCUAUGCUCCACGGCCACACCUCAGGCAAUAUCCUGAGAACCUACCAAUCUUAUGAAGACUUCAUGGCCUCUACUAACCACAAAGAUGUUACCAUAGCUCCAUCCAACGUCCACGUUAAUACAGUCGAAGGCCCCAGUGCCGUCAUGUAUGGAGAGGCUCUGUACUAUCACUGUUACAACUCUCCAGAUGUUUGUCGCUAUGAUCUGAAGAGCAAGACUGUCACAAGGGUCGAACUUCCCGGAAUUGGGAAGGACCACAGAAAGUUCCCUUAUUGUUACUUUGACUGUCGGCCUCAUAGUGAUGUGGACGUGGAGGAAGAUGAAAGCGGACUAUGGGUCAUCUAUGCCACAGUAGGUAGCCACGGUAAUCUUGUGGUAAGUAAACUAUCAUGGGAUGAGGAAGCUGAAACGCUCAAUAUCACACAGACGUGGGAAACGAGGCUGUUCAAGAAGGCGGUAACCAAUGCUUUCAUGAGUUGUGGUGUGUUGUACGCGACUCGUUUUUAUGAUGAUUUCUAUGAAGAGAUCUUUUAUGCUUUCGAUACAGCAACAGGUAAAGAGGACAACACGCUGGCGCUUCGGAUGGAGAAAAUCAGUAAGGGAGUUGCCAGUCUGAGUUAUAACCCAAUCAACAGGCAGCUCUACAUGUUUAACGACGGGUAUCUUCUCGCUUACCAAGCCCACUUCUUCAAUUCAAUAUAAAUCUAAAAUAGGACGACAGCAGAAUGCACACACAUGAAACGUAUUGAACAUCAAAAUGGCAAGUUUUUGUCUCAGUACCUGAAUAUUCAUAAUUCACAAUCAAAAUGGCAGAAACAAUUUGACAUGACAUAAUAAUAUGUAUAGCACCAACACAAUGUUAAAUGUUUCUCGAUUUAACGGAAACAUUAACUAGAUUUGUUUUUCUUUCGGGCUGAUCCUUUGUUUUUUUUCUCUGCAUUAGUAUUGCUGUCUGCUAGUUAAUUCACAAAACCUAGCCUCUUUCUGUUCCCUCGUUUUCAAGAUAUUAACAAAAUAAAUGUGUCCAAGAGA